AAUUGGCUCCAUUGGAGCUAUUGGAGCGAUCGGUGAACUAUUUUCGGGACUGGGUGUAUUAUUACUUGAAGUAUUAUUUUUGUUUGUGUCAACCUGCGGAAAAUCUCUGGACAACGUAUUCCCGAAGCUUGUACCAGAGCUAUGCCCAUUCUCCUUUUUAUCCAGAUCAUUUGAGUCAAUGCUCCUAAGUGGGCCCGACGACGCACGCCUUUUGGAAGUCGAGUUACCCAUUGUCCUCUAA